GUCGGCUUUGUUAGCUUAUGAUGCUAGUUAGCUACCCAGCUAGCGAGACAAGUACAUUUUAUAUUUUCUUUCUUACCUUUUACGCAAUGAUCAGAAAAGAUGGUGUAACAUAGGAUAGUCGUUUUUACACAAAGUCCGAUUUAUAAUAUUGACCGACAGGACAUUGACAGAAACGUAACGUUAGCUUUACGCUACGUUAGCUUGUUUUGGUGUGUAUGCUGGCUAAGGUAGAAAUGGACCAGCACAGAUCCCAAAGUCCCAGGUCCAGAUACCAGAAUUCUCAUUCAGCGCACAAAAGACAGAGAGAUGGAAAUGGAAGACAUCACAGUGAGAAUAAAUACUCCAGACCAAACCAUCACCAGCAUCAGUUUCAGCCAACUUCUGGGCAAAACCCACCCAGCUCUCUGGGUUUGAGCACCAGAAGGGAGCUAUAUGAAAGAGACUUUCCUGUGUACAAACAGCCCGUCGAAGUUGGAUGUUUCUCCCUCGACUCUGAGCGUAGAUUCUUCAAUGACAGGAGGCAGAUGAGAUAUUAUGUGGAACCUGACAGAAGUCCUAAUUUUGACCUGAGAGAUGGCUACAAGGACCGCUUUACAAAGAGAGACGAUUGUGUGAAGGAAAAGCUGGAUCACAUCCUACGCUGGAUCUUGGCCAACAGGUCGAAGCUCAGCUCGAGGGCGACCGCAGCCUCAUCAUGUGCUCUAGAUGUUGAAUUUGUGACAUGGCGUGGUCAUCUGACCAAGCUGCUGACCACUCCCUAUGAGACAAAGGAGGGUUGGUUGCUGGCGGUCACCAGGUUCAGAGGCACGCUUUACAUCAGUGAAGUGGAAACAGAAGCUGCCCGUAGGGAACGAGAGAACCGCACUGAGAGACAUGAAGAGAUGAUGUACUGGGGAUACAAGUUUGAGCAAUACACAUGUGCAGAUAGUGCCCACAGUUUACCUGACCCAGGCGGAGUGGUCAACACCAAUGAAGCCUUCUGUACAGUGGUGCAAACUCGGCUUGCAGAUCACAGACUUCUGUUCUCCGGUGAGGUUGACUGCCGGGAUAAAGAUUCCAAAGCUCCAGCUCCUCCUGCAUGCUACGUGGAGCUGAAGACAUCUGCGGAGAUCUGCACCCCCAAACAGCGCAGCAACUUUCACAGGUUCAAACUGCUGAAGUGGUGGGCCCAGUCUUUUCUCCCUGGAGUCCCCCGGGUUGUGGCAGGUUUUCGGGAUCAUGAAGGAGUGGUUGUCGCCGUGGAGACUUUUCCCAUCUCAAAGAUUUCACAUAUCAUCAAGAAUGAGCACAACUGCUGGAGGCCGACAGUGUGUAUGAACUUCUGCUGUGAGUUCCUGUCUUUUGUGAAGCAAAUCGCCACUGAAGACAAUCCAAGUGUGGUGUACCUGUUCUCCUGGGAGCCCCACAGAGAUGUGACCUACUCCGUCCACAGGGACUCCCAGUAUUCCUUCCUGCCACACUGGUAUGUGGACGGGAUGAGCAGUGGUGAAGACUCACACCAGCAGUCGUAACUUACAACCAACCUACUGGGACUGUCAGUUCAAACCUCCAAUGGAGGAUUAUUAACCAAAGUACGUUGGAAUUUUAGAUGUUUACAGUUUUACAGUCUCUUUUUGUGUCACUGAUCAUCUCCAUGUGAUUCUCUGGUGCUUUUUCUUUUUUUUGAUGUUGUUGUUAAGCAGUAAGAACUGCAGCAUCUUUUUCAUCUUGCAUGUGGUGAAUUGAAAUAAAACAGCAGGUAAGCACCA